AUGGGUAGCAGGCGGAGGUUUGGCCCGGAAGGCGGCCCCGUUAACGGCAACGUGCCGCGAGGCCGUGCCAGAUGGCCGGCCAACCUGGGAUCGCCGUAUACCCUCUUCCGUGACAACCUCCAUGACAGCAUACUGGAUGUGUAUAUGCAGAGCGGAGUUGCGCGCUUGCAAUCCCUCAGCCGGGAGCAGUUGGCCGCGGUGGCGCAGCAGCCGGUGUCGGAGCACUUCCACAGCUACAUGUGUUGCUCCAUCUGCUACGAGAACGCGCUCAUAUGUGCCGUCGGGAAGUGUACACACCUGAUGUGUUUCCUCUGCAUGAUGCGGUUGAAGAAUUUUUACGAUGACGACUGCAACGUACACCAGUGCCCCUACUGCAAGCAGGAAUCCGACGUUCUCGUGAUUCGUGCCAACCCGUUUUUCGCACACUUCGCAGUGGAACAGUCGCUGUAUUCACAAGAGGGCUCUAGGGAACUGACACGCAGCAGCAUAGAAUCUCUUCUGCGUGUCUUGAGCGUUGACACACCAUUCGAUCGUAGCAUAUUAUCGCAAGGCGUGGUAAACAUAAAGGAUUUGUUCGGGGUCUUCCUGCGAACGGUUGAUAUGAAGCGAGACAAUGUAAUGAAGGCGCCUGGCUCCAAGCUACAGCACCUCGUGCGAAAGGCGCAACAGCUGUCUAUCAAGGAGCGUGAAGAGCGUGACCCCUUCAAAGACGUGUACAACGCGAAACAAUCUCGGCAACGAUUUGAGGGCGAUUACGUGGUUGCCGGGGAACACAGGCUCGUGUUUGAGCACCCUAACAUAUACAUGCUCUUCCGCACGGUCAGCAGUGCCCUGUGCUGGGUGCCCGAGUGCAAGGCGCACUGGCACACCAACAUGCCCCUCGACGCCCCGGAGCUGCUUUUAAAGGCUCUUGAGAAGCUAUACCAGCAACGGCACACAUCGUUCGAGUCGCUGAACAAGCACCUGAAGAGCAAGCAUGGAUUGGUGUUUUGCGACAUUUGUCAGAGCCACCUCAGCCUCAAGAACUUCGUCUGCGAAAUGCCGUUGUACCGGCUCGAGGACAUAAAAUCGCACGUGCGCUUUGGUGAUCCGGACAGGGUGCCUCCGAUUCCGGCUCACGUCAUGUGUAGCGCGUGUCGUCGUAUGCAGUGGGACAACACGGAGCUCAAGAGGCACGCGAAGAGUGACCACUUCUACUGCAACCUUUGUGAUGCAGAGGGGGCAUUAUGCGAAAUUUUCGGCGAGUAUGGGACGCUGUUCUCGCACUUCAAAACGUACCAUUACCCCUGUGAGGAGCCGGACUGCAUGUUCGUGGUAUUCCCCGAUGACCUCCAGCUGCAACUUCACUACAUGUCGAAGCAUCCCACUGUUCAUCGCAGUUCAUCAUCGCGUCAGAAGAAGGCACAGCCUCCUUUGCAGCAGGCUGUUGCGACAGUUACGAAGACAGCGGCGACCGUCUGCACUUUGCCGACCAGCUCCUUGCCUUGGGACGGAAACAUCCGCAUUAUACCAGAUGUGGAGCCGGUUGCCCCGGAGCCUACACCAGAACCUGAACCACAACCAGAACAGAAGGUGGUUUCCGCGGAGUUCGAGGAGUGGCUUCGCAAGCGCGAAUACCUCACGGAUCCCCAACUGCGCACUUCCGCCAAGAGCACGGAGCUCUUGAACGCCUUUGCGCAGACCAUGAUAAACCUAAAAUUGGGUUCGACCGUUCGCCAAUUCGACUUCGACACCUUCAGCGUGAAUUGUGCGACGCGUGUUCAGUGUGACCUUGAGCGCGUGUUGACCAUCGUGAAAUCGUCCACCUUCCCCCCACGUUGCGAGCUGUGGGAACGCCUUCCCGCCGACUUCCAGAGCCAUGUUGAGGAGGUAUUGGCCGAUUUCCGUGUACAGUACGGUAGCUUUGUGGAGGACUCCAUUUCAGGAAAAUCGCAAGAGGCAGGUGCUCCGACCCUCCUCGAUCUGGUUAAAACUUCCAUGUCGUACCUUAUGGUAUUCUUGUACAGUAUAAACUUCCAUGUGGAAUACGAGAAGUUGCUGCGGUCUGUGAAGGCAUCUUCGGUCGAAUACAAGGUAUCCCCCAACGGGCUAAUGCUGCUCAACGUUUUGGAGGACAUGGUCCCCAUGGCGAGCAAGAUUUUGGUGAAGCAGGCCUUUGACUGGGUCGUGAAGGCAUUGGAAGGUGCAGUAGACAACGUGUCUGCAAUGAAACAACAGCCCGCGUCUCUUACCGCUGUAGUGAAGAAAAAGACGAAGUCUGGUUCCGAGUUUUCGCUUGAAGUGUUGAACCCCGGCCGCGACCUCUCCAAGGAAAUGGGACAGCAUAAACUGCAGAAACGGCAAGAGCAGCUGUUGAAGAGAAUGGGUCGCAAACCGAAUGCCUGGGGAAAGGUUAAGGACACGCCAGAGAAGCGUGCUACCGCAGCCGAACCUGCGCCCGAACCCGAGGAGCCGGCUCCAGAAUCGACCCCAGCGCCCGAGGCAACACCGACAGACAAGCCGGAUGAACCAGCGGUAGAUAACGAGCGGUAUGUAAUAUCCAUUGAGGAUAGCUUUAGGAAGAGCCUCAAUUCCGACUUUUAUGCUGCCAUGGUGGACGUUAUUCGGAAUGCGCUCGCAGUGAACGACUCGAAGUUCAACGUUACUUCGCCCGAGCAUCGGUUACGGGAAACGACGUGCAUUAAGAUUAAUCAGCUAUUGAUGUCCGGCACCCGCAGGUUUACCACCCUGUCGGAGUUCGUGCCCAUGCAGCUGCUGGAAUCGCUUCAGGCCCUGGAGCCGGAGUUCUAUCGCCUCGUCAAGGAGGCCAGGAUGGUCAACGACGUUGACGGUCCGGCCAAGAAAUGGAGUUAUCGCUGCGCUAAUGCGCUGCGACGGUGCCGUGUGGAGCACCUGGAGGUGCUGGACUAUUAUUUGACUGCUAACGCCGCCGCCAUGGCGUUGCGCAGCGACGCUGAGUUCCCAUCUUUGGGGAACGGAAGCGGUGCCAAAUCCUCUGUCACGCGGCGCAACUACGCGCAGGCACUCAAUGUGAAGUCGUCAAAGAACUUCGUUUUGCUGGAUUCGGAGUUCCCCGCGCUCGGGUGA